AUAGUCCGAAUUCUAUCCUAGAAUUACAAGCACACUAUUAUUUUACCAGUUCUUAUUUAUUGUAUAAAUUAACUAAUUUGAAAACAAAAUGUCAAAAGUCCCUCCAACAUAUGGUGAUCUUGGAAAGUCAGCCAGAGAUCUUUUUGACAAAGGCUACAAUUAUGGAUUUGCCAAAGUUGACCUGAAGACCAAAUCAUCAUCUGGAGUGGAAUUCACAACUAAAGGAUCAUCUGCCCAUGCCAGCGGAAAGAUUGGAGGAACUUUAGAAACUAAAUAUAAGAGACCAGCACAAGGACUUACAUUCACAGAAAAAUGGUCAACAGAUAACACGUUGGGAACAGAAGUUGCAAUUGAAGACCAACUAGCUACUGGAUUAAAAAUCACUUUUUGCACUUCCUUUUCGCCACCCACAGGGAAAAAAUCAGGGUGCUUGAAGACUGCAUAUAAACGUGAUUACUUGCACAUGAACCUUGAUACAGAUUUUAACUUCGCUGGACCUACACUACAGGGUUCUUCAGUCGUUGGGUAUGAAGGAUGGUUAGGUGGUUAUCAAUUUGCAUUUGAUACUUCAAAAUCAAAGUUGACCAAAAGUAAUUUUGCCCUCGGAUACACCGGAUCAGAUUUCCAACUUCUUACUACAGCCAAUGAUGGAUCCGAAUUUGCUGGAUCUAUUUUCCAAUCUGUGAACAAAGAUUUAUCGACUGGCGUUCAGUUAUCAUGGACGUCUGGACAGAGCAGUACACGAUUUGGAGUUGCCGCCAAAUACAACUGGGACAAAGAUGCAACUAUUAAUGCUAAAGUGAACAACGCCGGACAAGUAGGACUUGGUUGGACACACAAGCUUAGGGAAGGUGUUAAAUUGACACUUUCAAGUCUAAUUGAUGGCAAGAAUUUCAACUCUGGUGGUCAUCAACUUGGACUUGGUCUGGAAUUUGAAGUUUAAAUCAUGAACAAUAGCUGCAUGCCUAUUUCAAAUUAAAUAUAGGGCAAAUACUGGAUAGAGGAAAUUUAAUAUACUUCAUAGAAAUACAGUAAUUAAAUGUUAUGUAUCCAGCUACGUCUAGUCUCGGAGGUUGCUGGGUGUCACAAAUCGUUUUAUGUCCACCGGCAUAUGCCAUAAAAUGUCCUCCCUGUUUGUCCUGUUUAAUGUUGUUACUUUUUUUAUCCUAACUUAGCCUAUUAUGCUUAAUCGUAUGCGAUUCAUUUAACAGUGAUGUUAAAGUAAUAAUAAGUUUUUCUCUUUGAGCGACCACCUGAAUAAAAUCUCUGAGCAGUGUACAAUA